UCUCUCAUUGGAAACGUCACAAUGUUUACCCGGAAAUGAGAACCUGCUCCAACAGCUGCUGUCAAACUCUAUAAUUUACCCAUUUCUGACCGUUUUUUGUCUCACUAAAUGAUAUAUUACCGUAUAAUCUGACCGUAAAAUACUGACUCAGAAUGUACAGUGGACUCUUGCCCAAAGGUUUAACCGAAGGCGACCUCAGUCCAGAUGACGAAGAGGAUGAUGUUGAGGAGAAAAGGGAGGUUGAGAAUUGCGAGAUCUCUGCUGAAAGGUUGAGCUCCGCCGGGGAAAACACAGGCUCAGUUGUGGAGGCACAGUCGACUCACACUGGCAGUGAUGCAGACAGUGAUUCCCUGACAUGCAGUAUGCCUGGUAUAUCACAGGAAAUGUGGCAAAAAUUCCAGGAUCUACGGAAAAAGAAGGACGAAAUGAAGACAGUGAAGGUCCCCAGAAGAAGAAAAAGACGACGACUCAAGAAAGCAGGAACAGAGAGUGAGGAACCCAUAGAGACAAGCAGAGAGCGUCAGGAGGAUCGGGAGAAGCACUGGGAUGAGCUUAAGCAGCAUUUUGGUGUAAAUGAUCGAUUUCAUCCCCCUGCAUGUUCCAAACCCCCACCGCAGUCCGGCCUAGAAAAGAGCAUAGAGAGGGCCAUAGCUGAAGGGGACAUUGCAAAAGCGGAGGAGAUGAGCGACAGACUCGCCACUCGAGAGCUGGCUGUGAAAAUCGCUCAAGCCGCUGAUUGCCGUGACUUUGUGCAACGCAAACAGGAAGAGGAGGCUUUGAGGGCAGCGCAGAAAAGGAAGAACCAAAUAGCCUGGGGGUUUGAGGCUAAAAGACGAUGGGAAACCAAAAGCAACAUGGGCUUCAUGUGACAAACACGGAGGAAAAGGAGAACGACUUGGGUUUUUUUGAAGUUAAUUGGAUAAAAGUAGUGUUUUUAAUGGCGGGCUGAUCCUGUUUCUUUUUAUACUCUUUGUAUAUUUUGAAGACUUCUCAACAGCAGAGUGUGAGGGGCGGGGGGGAGGAAAGGAAAAACCAAUCCAAAGAGUACAAGAGAGAGAAAAAAUGAUGGAGCAUUCAAAUUAAUUCCUAAGGCGCCCAUUGGUGUCUGCAUUGUGUUAUUUUUCAUUACAUUUCAGUGAUUUUAGCGUUCUGGCCUCUUUUUUUUCAUCACCCCCCCCCCCUCAAAUUAAAUCUGGUGUACAUUACUGGAUGAUUCGUUUAUUUAUUGCUGUAAAGUGGGUUAAUCAUGAAGGCGCUCUUUUCUUCUUCUGAGGAAGAGAAAGGAAAGAUUAGGGCCCUAAUGCAAUGUACAGGAUAAUGUGCGAUAGGAUUUGGGAGAAGAAAAUGAAAUUUGGCUGCUGUAAACAGUUGUGAGCAGUUGUAAACAGGGAAGUUGAGCGAACGUUUUGGGGGUGGGGAGAUUGGGGGGGUGAACAUGAAACAGAGGCUUUGCUGUUGUCCCUCACCCAUGCUGGGAGACAUGCUAUUGUUUCUCAGCCCGAACAAGAGGCACGCGCUGUUUCUCCAAGCCUACACUCGCCGCCCAUUGUGUGAUGAGCUCUCUUCAGCAUCUGUAAACUCGAUUCCUCUCGCUUUUACUUUGAUCUUUUUUGGAUCUGCAGCGUUUUCUUUCGCAGCUUCCUCGCGCGUCUCCAAUGCUCAUCCAGAUUCCAGGAAGUGUUAAUUGCAAACAGCACGCAAAAAAAAAAAAAAAAAAAAAAAAAGCAUGAUAAUUACUUUUAUUCAUAAUGCUUGCUUAUAUAUAUUUUUUUCAACCAUAGAAAAUGAUUGCUUUGCUUCAAGGUAAUGAGAAUUCAAAUUAAUCCCACCUAAGUUGUUUGCAUUUCCCAUAUUUGGGCACUUUGUCCCUUGGUGAGGAGCAGUACUCUCUUACCUCUGCUGUGUAGGCUGAAACAGGACGAGGAAAAAUGAACCGAACUUCAGAAAUAAAAACGUUGUAGGCAAUUAUUAUACAAAACACCUGAGCUGAAGAAAUCUACAUAUGAGAUACGUGUUUAAAAACAACAAAAACAAUUGCUGAAAUUUGAAAAAUCGAGCUUUCCGUAUCAUUUUACAUCCAAGCCAAUCACACGACUGUGUGUCUAAGAAGCUGUCAGUUGGUGAGAAUUGGUGCUAAUUAAACUAUUAAUUAUCUCUGUAAUGAGGCGCGAGUUAAAACUGUGUUAAGCACAUCAAAGUACAACAUGGGAUUUCUUCACUUUGAUGACUGCUAUGAAAAAUACAUCUUGACUGAGGAGAGAGGAAACAUCACAGAUGCUUUAUUAACGAGACAAAAAGUAGUCAUAUUUUGGAGCCUUCAAAAGCUUUGGAUAACUCCUCCAGAACAACGUGACGGUUUAAUAGUCCGUUUUAUUUAAAGGUGUGAUUAUUGCAUAUUUCAACAUUGCACAACUUCUCA